AUGGAAGAAUGUUACCGACAACUAACAGCUUCCGGUUUUCCUAUAACUAAUCCUGAUCCAUCAUCAGGAAAAAUUUGGUGUAAUGCAACGUGGGAUACAAUUUUAUGUUGGCCAGCAACACCAGCUGGUCAAUCAGCAACAAUGAAAUGCCCAGACUUGAAGGCUCUUGAUACUCGGAAAUACUUAACUAAAUAUUGUCAUGAAAGUGGAAGGUGGCUUGGUAAAAAUGGUUCUGAUUGGAGUAAAUUGUCUGGAUGGACAAAUUUUUCUAUGUGUUUUCAGGAUGAGGUUGCUGCUAUCUCAAGAUCAAUUGGCUCAUCAAUAGAGUUAGCAAAUGACAUUGCCAGAUAUAUAAGAUAUCUAGAAUUUAUUGGUCUUUUCUUAUCAAUUGUUUCACUGGUACUAGCUUUAGCUAUAUUUGCAUCAUUUCCAAGAUUGCGGGUGUUUCGAAAUAUGCUUCAUAUACAAUUAAUGAUAGCUAUCCUUAUGGUUUCCUUAAUUCGUUUCAUCCUUUAUAUAGAUCUCGAAUUUACAGAUAAAUUAGCUAUUCUAGUAAAUACAGGAAGUCAAGGUAAUGGAAAUACCAUAAAUACAUUAAAAUAUGUCUGUGAAAGUAUGUAUAUAUUAUUAGAAUACUUCAAGUCAGUUGGUUUUAGUUGGAGUUUUCUGGAAGGAUUUUAUUUACAUAAUCAAUUAGUUUUUGCAAUGGUUGAUAGAGAUCCAAAAUUACCAAGGUAUAUAUUGGCAGGUUUUGGAGCUCCUGUUAUUCAUACAUUAAUAUGGUUAAUUAUUGUUAUUAAAAAAUCAGAUGGAAAAGUUAAAAGAUGCCUUGGUAAUUAUUAUUUAAUGCCUGAAUUUUGGAUAUUAGAUGGUGUUAGAGUUUUAUGGAAAAAAGUUCAAGAAACACAUAAUAGUAGUGAAAUGGAUAGAAUGAAAAAGAGUGUAAGGGCAGCAUUUAUGUUAAUUCCUUUAUUAGGUAUACCAAAUGUUAUGCAAACAAUUCCAUUAACACCAACAGAAAAUAAUAUAUUUUUCUUUGGUAUAUGGACAUUUGUUGCUAGUGGUUUUUAUAUGUUUCAAGGACUUGUUAUAUCAAUUAUUUUUUGUUUUACAAAUAAAGAAGUUCAAGCUGCUUUAUAUACAUAUUAUACACGUUACAAAUUACGUCAUACAUCUACUCAUGAUUUAAGAAGAGGUUCUAAAUCACAAACAUCACAUUAUACAACAAAAAUUGGUAAUGGUGGAACUAGAAAUAGUUCUAUUAUUAAUAAUGGAGGAAAAAAAUCAUCUGGUGAUUCAGCAUCAAAUCUUUUAUUACCAACAGCUAGGGUAUCCUUUCAAAGUAAUGAUAGAUCAUCAGUUAAUUCAGUUCAUCUUAAUAAUAAUGAAAGUUUAAUACCAUUGCAAAAUGAUAAAAAUAUAAUUGUACAUUCUUUAUCGAAUAGAUGUCAUGAUAAUAAUAAUGAUUCUACAGUCUUAUUAUAUGGUAGAAAAAAUAUAAUUAAUUUACCAUUAGAUGAUAACGGAAACGCUAAAGUUUAA